GCUAGGACCUUAUAUCAUGGCAAUCUUAGCAAUAGAGACCUCUGAGACCACUCGUAGGCCAUAAUUGUGCUUUACUCAGAGGGAUUAUCAAAAGCCACCAUAUCAUGAUUAGGUCUUUAGUAGCCAACCGUCUUUCUGUAGGUCCAGAGUAUCAAGAAACAACCUCUAUCAGAGACAUGGCUAGACGUGAGCGACUUAAAUGCACGACGAUGGAUGACCAGGCCAAAACUGCUGCAAGGGACGCCGUCUGUUCUGCUGGCAACAUCCGGCGGGACUUGGCAUUAUGCUGCAGCAUGCAAACUGUCAGCAAUCACCUCAAAAACAGGAUUUCUGCAGAUUCGCUUGGCCACAUCCACUCAAUUUGUCAGAUCCCAGUCCCAUUGGUAAUGCUUGGGAAGCCAUGUACAGAGACUUCCCCCAGUCAUAUUCGCAAUCGUAAUAUCGUCAUUACCCAAGCAGUUACGGCUGGGAGCGAUUGCGCUCUGCAGACGACCCAGUGAAUGGCGACGUUUGUGUUCCAUUCCACGUAGACUUGCAAACGUUCGCCAAGCUGGUGGCGGUAACAUGAAAUUUUAAAAG